AUGACCGAAAAUCCCCCUCCUAGGCUAAAACCAUUUUUAUCCCCCAAAGCAGGACCCACCGAGAUUCUAGCCCUGCGGAAAGCCAAGAAGGAGACCGACUCUACGCCCCAAGCGCCCCUUUAUCCGGUCUUCCAGGAUUCCUCCCCGGAGGACCUAAUUCUCCCGCCGCCCUACCGGGCACCCCCUCCAGCCUCCGCCCCUCCAUUGGAGACACCGGGGGCUGCAGAAGGGGCGCCACCCCUCCCUGACAAGGGAGUCCCUGUGCGCGGGCCAGCAGCGGGGACACGCAGUCGGACCCACCGGACGGCCCCACCUCCGAAUGCCGGGCCAGCCGACUCCACCGCCCUUCCUCUCCGCGCCAUGGGGCCCCCCGAUGAGACUGAAUUGGAAAACCCAAAUGCAAAGGUCUCUGAUAAUCCGAGAGAUCUAAUCGGGCUUUUAGAUACUGUUCUCUUUACCCACCAGCCUACUUGGGAUGACUGCCAACAGCUCUUACAGGUUCUCUUCACCACCGAGGAGAGAGAACGAAUUCAGGUGGAAGCCCGGAAGUCUGUCCUGGGAGAGGACAGACAGCCGACUCAAAACCCAGACCUCAUAAAUGCUGCCUUCCCUUUAUCCCGCCCCACCUGGGACUACAACUCAGCUGAAGGUAAGGAGAGACCCCGGGUCCACCGCCAGACUCUAGGGGCAGGUCUCCAGGCUGCCGCGCACAAGCCUACCAAUCUGGCCAAGGUCUAUGAUGUGAGGCAGGGUAAGGAUGAGAGUCCAGCAGCCUUCUUAGAGAGAGUCAUAGACGCUUUUAGGCAGUGCACCCCUAUGAACCCAGAAGCCCCGGAAACAAAGGCCGCAAUUAUCAUGGCUUUUGUUAACCAGGCCGCUCCGGACAUUAAAAAGAAAUUGCAAAGAGUAGAGAGGCUGGGAGAGAAGAGCUUGCAGGACUUAGUGAUAGUGGCAGAACGAGUCUAUAAUAAUAGAGAAAGUCCGGAAGAACAACAAACCAAACUAAGUGACCGGCAGACCCGAAACCUGGCCAAGAUCCUGCUGGCCACAACCAUGGACGGCCCACAGGAAAGACGGAGGCACCUCAAGAAGCUGGCUUCAGGGACCGGUAAGGAGGAUGGCCCUGGUCCCCCUCGGGAGCACCCUAAGCUGAACAAAAACCAAUGUGCUUAUUGCGAAGAAGAGGGCCACUGGGUAAAAAGCUGCCCUAACAAAAGAUCUAAGGCCCCUGCCAAGAUCUUGGAAAUGGAGGACCUGGACAAUUAGGGGAGUCAGGGUUCGGCACCCCUCCCCGAGCCCAGGGUAACUCUUAAAGUGGAGGGGCAACCUGUUGAAUUCCUAGUGGACACUGGGGCACAACAUUCGGAUGUAUUACAACCCCAAGGGAAAUUGGCAAACAAGACUUCAUGGGUGCAAGCGGCCACCAGGCACCAGCAAAAUUUUGAAUGGACAGAGGCCAUGAACAGAGCCUUCAAUGACCUUAAACAGGCCUUACUGUCUGCCCUGGCUCUUGGGUUGCCCGAUCUAGCCAAGCCCUUCUACCUGUAUGUGGACGAGAAAGAUGGGGUGGCAAAAGGGGUCCUUGUCCAGUACUUAGGUCCCUGGAAGAGACCCAUAGCCUAUCUCUCCAAAAAGCUGGACACGGUGGCCGCUGGAUGGCCCCCAUGCUUAAAAAUUAUUGCUGCGGUGGCCACUAUGGUCAAGGAUACAGACAAACUGGCCAUGGGGCAAGAACUCAUGUUACCCCCCCCACAUGCUAUUGAAGGGGUACUCAAACAGCCCCCAGACCGCUGGAUCAGCAAUGCCCGUCUGACCCAUUAUCAGAACCUGCUGCUAAACCCCACCAGAAUUUUAUUUAAGCCACCAACAACCCUGAAUCCGGCAACGCUACUCCCUAACCAGACUGGGACCCCCCCUCUGCAUGACUGUCAAGAAAUUUUGGCACAGGUGCACGGAGUCAGAGCUGAUCUCCAGGACCAGCCACUGCCGAAUGACGUCACCUGGUACACGGACGGCAGCCGUUUUGUCCAAGAAGGAGUCAGACAUGCGGGGGCAGCCGGAACCACGGAGACGGAGACCGUCUGGGCGGGGCCACUGGCAGCUGGAACAUCUGCUCAACCGGCAGAACUGACCGCACUGGCCAAGGCGCUGGCCAUGGGGGAAGGUAAACGCAUAAACAUCUACGCCGACAGCAGGUCCGCCCUCGCCACCGCUCACAUCCACGGAGCCCUUUACAGAGAGAGAGGGCUCCUGACAGCAGAGGGAAUUCUUGAACUCCUAAAGGCCCUCCGGCUGCCCAAGGCCCUGGCCAUCAUCCACUGUCCGGGGCACCAAAAGGGACACGCCAGUAGCAGGGGAAACCAGCGAGCCGAUUUAAAAGCAAAGGAGGCAGCCCUUCUGGUGACCCAGGUCUUAGCAACCACGCUACCUGCUCCGGGGGCACCGACCCUGCCUGACACCCCCAACUAUACUGAUGCUGAUUUACACUGGAUCAAACGCUUGCCCAUGACCCAGUGCUUGCUUGGCUGGUGGAGGGCCGCAGACUCCAGCAUCAUCCUGCCAGAGGAACUAGGACGGCGAGUCCUAUCCAGAAUGCAUCGGAGCACUCACAUGGGAACGAGGAAGAUGGGAGACCUCAUACACAUGCAAAGAUCACUAUUAAAGACUCUCGAGCAAAGAUCGAACAGAUUGUGGCGAGCUGCCGCGCAUGCCAGUUAACUAAUGCCACCGCCCAUGGAUUUAACCCAGGCACCCGGCUCCGGGGGGGGGGGGGGUGCCGCCCAGGAGCCUACUGGGAAGUGGACUUCACUGAGGUAAAACCUGGAAAAUACGGAUACAGGUAUUUACUAGUGUUUGUAGAUACUUUUUCAAGAUGGACAGAGGCAUUUCCCACCAAACAUGAAACAGCACAGACCGUGACCAAGAAACUGCUGGAAGACCUCUUACCGAGGUAUGGUUUUCCUGUUAAGAUUGGGUCAGAAAAUGGCCCAGGAUUCGUCUCUAGGUAACACGGGGGGUGGCACUAGUACUUGGGGCAGAUUGGAAAUUACAUUGUGCAUAUAGGCCCCAGAGCCCAGGACAGGUAGAGAGGAUGAACAGAACAUUAAAGGAGACCUUAACUAAAUUAGCCCUGGA